UUUCAUUUUUCCUACACGUGCUGCCGCGUUUGAAUUGUUUUGAGUUUUAGUCCCGGAAAAAUCAAAUUAUUUCGCCACAAAAAUGGAUGAUAAAAUACAAGUUGAGACCGUGUGCAAUCACAAUCGGGACGAGCUACUACCCACCAUCCUUGAUUUCCAGAAUGGAUCCCUUUUGGGCUCAGCAGAGUAUUGCGCUAUAGAAAACACUACCGAAAAUAAAAAACAGGCUUUAGUGGUGGCCGGUAAACAGAUUUAUACCGGGGACUUGCAGGAUAACGAAAAUUAUGACACCUACAUCUGCCUGCGAAACAAACUCACCAACAAAGUACAAAUUGUGCCAGUGCAACAGACAUUGUUGUCCAAUAACAUUUACAAAGAACUUGACAGCCAAAAGCGAAAGAUUCCCAUGUUGAGCAGGGAGCAUGCGAACAAGAAACUCCUCAAGGAGUUUGGAGGACGCAAGGCAUCCCGUUAUGUAGACAACCACGAACAGAUGCUGGUCAACGUGGACGUGGUGCGACAGGAUCUUGAUGAGACUGUGAAAUCCUCGGCGCAAAACGAAGAUGAAGAGGAAGAUGCAGAGGCGGAUGUGAGCAUAAACAACGAGGAGUACCUGGCUAGCAUUGUGCCCAAGUUCGAUAAGGAGGCCACUGAACUGGAUGGAGUCUACGAUGUGGAGGAUCUGAUUCCAAAAGGUUUACUCGAACGGCUGGACGAGGAGGCCAAGGUUGUGUUUUCCACUCCUGUUCAGACUCUUCCCAUAAAAUCGGAAUAUCUUAAGACUUGUUUGGGCCGCAUUCAAGAAAAGACCGUCACUUCUAAGCAGGACUUUUUACACAUCAAACUCAUCAUCUAUAUGGACGCCCUGCAAUCACUGAUUUCUCUUCGUUCUCGGCAAAUGCAGAAUGUUGAACUCUCCGGUAUCACGGAGAAGAUUGAGAACGACAUACGGCACCGAUUUGCGGAUCCCAAUGUGGCAAAGAGGGGAGCCCGCACCAAUUUCAGUACUGAAAAGGCCCUCACACACUUUAUUGUAAUGGCCUUGCUGAUCAGCGAAAAGUACGAGGUGGACAUCAAUGUCCUGUCCCGCGCACUAGCCACCAGCAAUGCUCGUAUAAAACAGUACGCCCAUAUUGUAAACGCUCUUCCCAAAUCCCGUUCUGACAUCCUGAGCCUGCGCCUGCCCAGCAAAGUCCCGGAGCUGAAGGCAGCCCGUCGCUUCCAGCGCAAGAAGUAGAUGGAGCAUUUCCAAGGACACCACGCCUUUCAUCGAUUUAACAAAGCCGGAGGCCGGUCAAUAAAGUUUAUUUUAUCUA